AUGGGUAGACGUAAAAUUGAGAUUAAGCCAAUAGCUGAAGAGAAAAACAGAUCAGUGACUUUCGCCAAGCGGAAAGCUGGCCUCUUUAAGAAAGCUCACGAACUGGCUGUCUUGUGUAAGGUCGAAGUGGCACUGAUAGUCUUAGGUUCAAAUAACGCAUAUUAUGAGUAUUCUUCCAUGGACUUGGAUGAAUUCUUGAAAUGUUACUUAAGAAAUAAAGAAUCGGAACAUUACGUUCAACAUCCAACGGAGUAUGAACUUAAAAGGAAAAGGUCCUGGGGUGAUUUCACUGAGGACAACAAACCUAUUUUAACCAAUGACCCCAAUAGAGACGGGAUGAUAAGUAAUCACAGCCCAUACAACACUAAUGCAGCGCGACCUUUAGUCGUGAAUAGUCAGGAACAACUUCGAGCAGAGGGGUUAAGAACUGGGACUGUAUACCGGUACCCUCCAGGAAUGAAUGUAGGUUCAGUACAUGGAACGGGUGAGGUCAUAAUGACACAACCAUUUCCAACACCUCAAGUGGUCGACAAUUUAGACACUCAAAUGGACUCCAUUAAGAGACAAAGGUUACAAACAACAAUGUAUUCUGGUAGCCCGCAAUUCCAGAAUAUGCCAAUUGCAACUGGAUCCAUUAGACCCGAAGAACUUCCUUAUUUUAGACCCGCUGCAAUGAACCCUACUAACUAUAAUAUACCGCCUAACGUGAUGGGAAUGACUUUCCCAAAUGCAUUAAAUAAUCAAGGUAUUGCAGAACCUCCAAACCAACAGUCCUUAAUGAUGCCCGCUCCAGGUGCCUAUGCAUCGGCAGUAGACCCAAACACGGUAAGGCAAGAUGUUAGACCCCUUUUGAAAUUACAAUUACCUGACAUUCAAUCUCAAAAUGGGUACCGAAUGUUUCCUUCUCCAAUAUCUCAAAUCCCAAACACAAACCCACCCUCACUCACAUCAUCCCGUUCUGGUCCAAUGCCAGGUGUACUAUCAGCCUCAUCCUCCAUGAAUAGUAUAUUUCCUCUAUCGACAGCUAUAUCUAAUAGGGACAAUGUAACCAAUGAGAGUAUGAAACCUUUUGACAAUCAACAACAGUUCCCCUCCAUAAGACAACAAAAGCUUCAUAUUACCGGAGAACUACCGCAACCAACGGUAAUAGGUUGUUUCGAAAAGUCGAAACUUCAAAAUAUGCGUUUCAAUCAACCUGUAACUAUUCCAGAGUCACCUCCGGGCGAUACUCUGGUUCAAUUACCAUCUCUGCCAACUUCCGCAACAGGAAAACAGUUAAUCAUUGACCCUCCUGAUACAACUGAUUCAUCUGGAGGUCCUUUGCAAUCCUUGAAUGAGAACGCUGCAAAGGUUGUUCGGCCCUCAAUUGAAUCCGAAACUAGCAAUAAAGAUGGAAGACCUACCCAACAUGACAGUUCGUCCUCUAAUAUCACACCAAGUACAUCCAGAUCAGGUGCUGAUGACAAUGAUGCGCGAGACGAAAUCCAAAUAGAACCUAGUUUACCUCGAGUGAAGGCAAAUCACCGACCACUUUCAAAGUAG